AUGGAUGCCAUUGAACAGCACGACACUUUUUUCAACUCCUUCAACCUGGUGAGAGGCCCCUGUCUAGGGAGUGGCGCCUUAGGAGAGGUUGUUCUGGCCUCGGCCAAACACAACUCGUCGUUGAAAGUUGCGGUGAAAAUCGUAUCUUUUGAGACAGAGGAGUGUGAAAGCGACUUUCUCUUUGAAGUCGGCUUCCUGCGUGAUCUUCGCCACCCCCGCAUCCUCAAGAUGAUAGCGUUUGCCAUGGAUGAUCACUACGGCUUCAUGUUGUCGACAUACUUCCAGAACGGCACACUUCGCGACACCAUGUCGUCUGACCCCCCUAUGGAAAAACCACGGAUCCUCCGACACAUUCUCGACGUGGCCAGCGCUCUGCAGUACAUCCACGGUCUCCACAUCUUCCACCAAGACCUGGAUAUGUACAGCCUGGGAGUGUCCAUGUGGAUGCUGGUCUACAGGCAACGCUCAGAAGGCAUCAAAGGCCUGUUGGCCUUCUCGGACCAUUGCAAAGACGUGAAGGAGCCUUACAGGAGGAUCUUACGCCAGCUGCUGCGUAAGGACCCCAAAAAACGCUAG